CACCACUCCAACUAUUGUGUUCCUACAACAUCCAACAUGAGAAAACACCAAAAAAGGGGAGGGAUAUGGAAAAAAGUCCCACGUCAUACCACGCAGCCCAACACCCAGAGUACCCCUCUAUCCCCAACCCACAAAAAACAGCACACUAACCAACCGCCCUACCCAUAUCCCCAAUACCAGAAAACCCACAACCCCUACCCCAUUCGCCGCGCCAUCUCCACCCCAAACCCACAUCCCCCCUUCUAGUCUACACACGCCUCAACCCAGCGCCAAGCCCAUCCUCCCU